GGGGAAGGGGGUGGCUCUGGCUUGCUCAAAGUUGCAAGCGGCCGGCGGCGCCAGCGAGCUCUUUCGGCCCCCUGGAAGCUCGCCGCCUCCUGGGCACGUGCGCCCCUGGGGCUCCCCGGGCGCCGCCUGCAAACCGCGUGCCUGGAACCCCCCUGGAAGGGGCGCGCGGCGCGGCAGCGAGACUGGGGGGGGGCGAUUCAUUGCGGGGCGUCCCCGGGCAGAGCGGGCCGCUGCUCCAGCGGCCUGUGCCGAGGCUGGUUGCCGGAGCUGCAGUCCCGGUCCCCCGGGCGAAGAGGAGGCUCGCUCUGAGCUCGCAGGUUUCCCCGCAAAGCCGGGCAGGGUUUUCCUGCCCGAGGAGCGGCAAUGGGGCGCGGGGCUGUGUUGCUGAGCGCAUUUCAAUCCGGGGGGGGUGGGGGUGGUAACAGCUGCUACGCGAGCCUGAACCGAAAGCAGAGCUUUUAAAUUAAAGCCUUCGCAAACAGAGAUGCAUUCCCCCAAAACUCGGUACUUAGUUUUCUUCCAGUACUUUGGGACUAACUAUAGUGGUGUCAUGGAGACAUUGACUGAUCAGCCUGUGCUCGGCGUCCAGAAUUACUUGGAGCGGGCGGCACAGAAUCUCAGACCCGUCACUCCCAUCAAGUUCUACGUCUCCAGCCGAACGGACACCGGCGUCCAUGCCCUCGGCAACUCCGCUCACCUAGACAUCCAGAGAGCUGCCGGGAAGCCGCCUCUCCCUGAGAGCGUUAUUGUCUCCGCCCUCAAUUACUACUUGAAACCCGAACCAAUCCGCAUUCUGAGUGCCUAUCGGGUGUCUGAUAACUUCCACGCACGCUUCUCUGCACUGUCAAGAACCUAUGUUUAUCGGCUGGUGACAGGCUGCUCUCACCAUUCCCAAAUACCGGUGUUUGAAAGGGAUCUGUGCUGGGCUCCGAAGGGAGACCAUUUGAAUGUUCCUGCCGUGCAGGAAGCAGCGGAUUCCCUCCUAGGGACCCAUGACUUCAGCACCUUCCGCUCAGUCAGCUCUGAAAAGCCUUUCAAAUCUCCCAUUAAAACCCUGGCCCAGGCAGACAUCCGACCCUCUUCUGGCUUCAUGUCGCAUCACUAUGAAUACAGGGGGCUGCAGUUUUGGGAGCUAGAAUUCAAGAGCAGAUCAUUCCUCUACAGGCAGGUACGAAGGAUGGCAGGGGCUCUGGUAGCAGUUGGCCAAGGCAGGCUGGCUCCUUAUCGCAUAAAGGAACUAUUAGAGAUCAGAGACCCGCUGGCUUAUCCACUAAACACCAUGGCUCCGGCAGCUGGACUCUUCCUGAAAUCUGUGGAGUACGAUGAAGCUGACUUGGAGACAGAAGGUAACGCAGCAAAAUAGCAGCCCUGUGAGACGUGCAGCCGUGCCUGAAAGAACUCGGUUGGUGGGGGCCGUGUCGCGGAGAUUUCCGGAACUCGCUUUGUAUGCUGAUACGCAGCCGGGUCUCAAUAAACCCCAUUGAUUGUGGCUA